UUUUCCGAAACGAUAUAAACAAAGCUCAAGGCAGAAGCAAAACAAAGAUGGCUGAAUCAAUGUCACUGGACACAAACUCCGUUUUCUCUUAUCGUUAAAAAUUGUCUAUUCGUGACUCCUAUGUAGCAUGGAGGGAGUCCCUUCUGAAGUUCAAGUACAGGAAUGCAGUUCUUCCGAGCUCACAAAAUGUUCUGACAUUGGAAAGAUUAUCUUUGACAGUAAAUCUGACAAUCCUGUCCGACUAUUAGUGCAAGAAGAGGGAAGAGCUGCUCGAAACCUGAUUGCUUUCAGUGUACCUUGCGAUAUGGUUCAAAUAGAUUCAAGCAAGGUUUCUAGGAAGCCACCUUCUUCUCCACGUACUGUGCAAGAGUUAAAAAGAGAUGAAGCACCCCUCAGAACAACAAAACGAGCACCUGACACAUCCACUCCCGGUUCAAGAGUACGGUCAGCUUCAACUGGGAGGGACAAAAGAUCAGAAUUGCAAGCAAGAUACUGGGCAUUCUUAUUUGGAAACCUGCAAAGAGCUGUAGAUGAGAUCUAUCAGACCUGUGAGACUGACGAGAGUGUAUCAGAAUGCAAGGAAGUAAUAUUAGUUUUGGAAAACUUUACCAAAGAUUUUCAUAAUUUGAUUGAAUGGUUUCGUCUGAAGUGGGAAUAUGAAAAAACACCACCACCGCAAAGACCUAAUUCCCUUGCUUGGGAAGUGAGAAAGUCUUCACCUGGCAAGAUUCAGACGCAUGUAUUGCCAACAUUCAGCAGUCCUGUCAAAAGAAUACUCAAUUUUGGUGAUCCAAACGACAAAGAUCGAUCAAAAGCAGGUGGAGAUAAAGCAUGUGACACUCUUAAAACAGGGAAAUGUAGCCCUAUAAUACCUGUUGUUGAAGGUGAGGAAAUAGCUACUUUUGACCCAACACCUGUAUCUUGCAAUGGAAUCUGCUCUGCGAAUGCUGAUAAUCAGACAGUUGAAAAUGAUAAAGAAGAUGUUUUCUUAAAUAUCAUUCCCUCUACUGAUGAGGUCGGACCAUCAAUUGAGACAGGAAUACACUCAUCAAAAUCAAAUGAACUUCCUGUCAAAGAAGAACCUGCCAAGGGUGAAGAAGUCUGUCCUAGUGGUGACACAAAUACUGUCAAUGGAGAAGCCUGCAGCAAUCAUGAACCGGUUGUGAAUGAAAUGUUGCCAGAUGACACUUUGGAAGAACUCCCUGAGACAUUGCCUGCAGGAAUGACUAGCCAAGCCUGUCAGACUGACCCAGAACUGGAGGAAUUGGGCUCAGACCCAUGUAGUAACCCAACAAUGGUUGAUAAAGGCGUUGGGACUUCAGGAAUCAGUGUUUCAAAACCAGGGGCUGCUAGGCUCCAUCUAGGUUCGGUAGGAAGAGCCUCUAUGUCUCUUGCCCCAACAAACCAACUCCGUACGACAGUUGCUGUUGGCUCUCCUUCAACAUUUGCUGGAGUUGCUACCAAAGCUCCCUCUAUGUCCAGUAUCAGAGUACCACCUACUGCAACCAUGAAAAAUCCAAGUGUAUCUUCUAAAGGUGCAUCCCUCACUGUUAAUCCCAGCUCAAAGGCAACUCCUUUGGCUAGUGGACCAACUGGGACCUCCUCAAGCUCCUGUAACUCCGUGCCUAAGGGUGGUCCUAUUCUGGGGCCCCCCACUGUUAAAGCUGUGCUCCCUUCACCAUCUGCUUCAUCCACGAGUAAUCCACCAAAAGCCUCUCUGGCUUCUAUUGUUAAUAAACCAUCUACAGCAAGUGUAGUGAAAAGGAAUGUCAGCAGACCCUCUUCACUUGGGUCAUCAGCAAGUCCAGCGGCGGGUCGUUCCUCCAUUCCACCGAAACUGCAACGUAGUAGAACAGUAGCUGAAGUAAGCAGACCUCACAGACCAAAUCACAACAACCGUACUGGGGCACCUCGACAGUUAAGAGGCACUUCCUCUUUUGAGUCUGGCUCAGUCAAUCAAAAGGAAGCAAGAGAAAAAAUAAGGAGUUUCCAGAACACUGUAGUCCAGGAGGGGAACAAGAAAAAUGAAACUGGUGAUGAUUCAGGAUGGGAAACAGUCAAGAACAGAUCCAGGUGGCGAUUGAGUGGCAACUACAAUCCAAAAAAUAGGUUCAACAAACCAACUUGUGCUGUGUCUCUUCCUGCUUUAAUAAUAGUUGAUGAUGAUGAUGAAGCUGCUGUGUUGAAGAAUCCAUUAAGUAAGCAGAAUUCCCAAGACACUUCAGCCAGUGGAAGGCAUUUGGAAAAGGUGGAGGUCUUGGCUCCUGACAUUAGCAAGCUGAAAAAGUCUCCUAAACCAAAGUCACAAGACUCGUCUAUGAAUCCUAAAUCAAAAUCUGAAAAAUGUUGUAAUAAUACCACUAGACAACUGGUGAGUAAAAAGUUUGGAAAAGAUCUUAAUAAAGAAAACUGUGAUGCACCCUCAAAAACAAAAUCUGAGGAAUCUGGUUCUUUAAAACCAAAGAAUGGCACACAGGUUGUGGGAAAACAAACCAAUGGGUCAAGUGAAGGAAAGGAAAAUCAAGAAAAAAACUUGAAGUUACCCAACGGAAGCGAUAGUGUCAAGUUCGAUAGAGUGCAAUGGAAGUCUUGCAAUGGAAAUAAACCAGUUGAUCUUGAAAUUGAUACUCAACUGAGUGGUGAUGAAUCAUCUGUGGGACCUAGAACAAGUUCAACAACAACACCAACAACUAUGACACCAACGACCACUCCUGCAACUCCAACUACUCCAACCAAUUCAGCCUCAGAUAGCUUGGCCUUCCUACGUGACAGUGAUGGUGGAAUUGACCGUCUGAUAUCUGAUGAUGAAGAUCUUAUAGCCGAAAGAACUCUGCUAAAGGAGGAAGAACGCAAAAGUCAGCAACUAUAUGAAGAGGAAGUAAAACUGCAGCAGCAGAUCGAUGAGUUGCAGUCUGCUGAGCUUGAGGUUGAGGUCGAGACUGAUGGGGAGACUCAAAUUGGCACAGAGGAAGAGGAGGAGGAAGAGUUGCUUGGUGGUGACGAGCCACGUGAUGUAGAUGUGGAAAUAGACACAAUGUCUCUUGAAGCUCGUUAUGAAAAUAUGUUAGAAGACAGGAUUUGGCAGGAGCGUUUGGAGAGGAUUAUUAAGUAUGAAGAAAUUUCAGCCAGAGGUCUCUCUUGGGCCGAACGUAUGGACACCUUGGAGCAGUUAGAAGCCCUGGUCGCCAGACAUCCUGGAAGAGCUUUGCAACUUCAUCAAAAGCUUUCAAGUCCUUCACGAUCGCGGGCCACUACCCUCCCAGAAACUUUACGGCGUUUCCAAGCAAGACAGGAGAAAGCUCAACUUAAAAGAGAAAGACUGCUUCAGUUAAAGAGUCAAAAGCUUAGAGAUCUCCUAAAUAAGGUAGGAGAAGUGAAAGCAGCCCAAGAACAACUCACUGAAGAUCGACGUCUUCGCCUUGAAAAUAAGUUGAAACGCGCUGAAGAAAACAGGAACUUGCAUCUAAAGUCCAUUAAGCGGAAGGCUCAUGAUGAAGAGGAGAAAUUAAAGGAAAUUGCCUUCAUCAAUGAGCUAGAGGCUCAGAAUAAGAGGCAUGAUUUUCUAGCACUUCGUCAGGAACAAGAGGAAAGAUUGCAAGGCAUUGCUGAAGAAAGGCAGCGUAAACAGGAGGAAAAAGCUGCAAAAGAGGCGGCUGUUGAGGAAAGAAAGAAAGCCCUAGAAGCAGAAAGAUUACAAAAGCUAGAAGAAAUGCAAGCACGCCGUAAACGAAGAGUUGAGCGAAUUCAUAGGGAGCAGCUAGAGAAAGAAAAAGAGAGGCAGGAAGCAGCUCGAGAAAAAGCCAGAGAUCGAGAGGAACGCCUCUCUGCCUUGCAUGCAGCGCAACUGGCUACCCAGGAAGAACUGCAGAAAAAAAUACAGCAGAAACAGGAGGAUUCAGCUCGUAGACACGAAGAGAAUAUUGAACACAUUCGUCAGAGAGCUCUGGAUUCAGCAGCUCUGCGAUACGCAGAUGAUGCUGCACCUGCUUUAGAACCAUAUCGGAGCAAGAAACUUUGCACCCUUUGUAAUGUUCUGAUUGGCUCCGAGGUGUAUCUCUUGAGUCACUUGCGAGGGAAGAGCCACCAAGAAGCUCUACGAAAGUCAUCUGGUGGACGUAACAACUCUACUAAUGUAAGCCCUAGAGAAGAUUUGGAUCAUAUUGCGGAAGCACCUCCCGACUGUGUUGAUGAAAAGCAAGAACGUCAUAAAGAAAGACAACAAGCUCUUAGGAAGCGAGCCAAAAAGUUACGCCUGAGAAUGACAGCCAAGGGUCUGGAAUAUGAAAAAUCUGUAGGAGAUAUUGGGAAACCUAGCUCUCCAAAUAGUGCUAGAAUUCAAAAAUGUUUGCGUGAAGUAGAGAAACUUCACAACAGUCAGGGAUUAGGACAAUGGUCAAACAAUGCAGUAACUUUGUUGGAGAGGGCUCUAGCAGAAAUAAAUAGAAUUUUGGACAAAAGAUGUGAAGCUGAUCAAACUGCGUUCUAUCUGGUCAAUGGCUUUUCUACCAUCUGCAAUAUAUUGAGCUUAGGAUUGAAUGUGCCACAAGGGAUGUCCCCAUACCUUCCUUCAAAGUGUUUUGUUACGGCUUGCACUACAUUGAGCCUGGCUUGUUAUGACCACUCAGCAAAUGCAGAACAUAUGUUAAUGUCUAAUAAAAUUUCUAACAUACUUGACCUUUUAAUGUGCCGACUCAAGGAUGUGGUGCCAGAUGAUGACGAAAGCUCUCAAACGUGGAGUGGUCCUCUGCCAGUUGACGCCGUAGCCGUAGCUUUGAUGAGGUUGCUGGCUUUGCUGUUGGCCUUUGCUAAGGAGGGAACAGCUGCAGUCCGAGCCCGGGAUGUUGUCAGCUACACGGUGUGCGGCGGCGCGGUGGACCGGCUGGCCCUGGUGUGCAGCGCCGUCCGGGACCCGCUGCCGGAGGGCGAGGCCGCGCCCCAGUCGGCCUUCCUGCUCGCCGCCCUGGAGCUGCUGUCCGUGCUGACGGCGCGCUGCGGCGGCGUGGGCCGCGCCGACCCCAGCGGCCUGGGCGCGACGCUGCGCAGCACGGAGCUGGUGGGCGCCGUGUCCAUGCUGUACGGGCUGCUGCUGCAGCAGGGCGGCGCCCCGCGCGCGCCCGACACGGCGCCGCCCGCCCUCGACACGCCCACGGCCUGCAUCGCCCGCGCCACCAUCGCCCUGCUCGUCCGCGUGGCCGAGCUCGACCUCGCCAUGUGCCAGAGUAUCCUUGGCGCGGAGGGCAUCUCGCUGCAGCUGCGACACAUCUCGGCGCACCUUCUGUGGCUGUGCGUCGGCCAGGACCAGGUGCUCGAACACCUGCGCGACCUGCUGCACCUCGUCAUCCGCGUCCUCGGCUACUUCGUCGUCCGCAACCACGACAACCAG